UGUCCGUGAAGAGGCAAGUUUUAGGAGUGUGUAUAUAUGAUGCUGUAAAGAGUUAUGGGUCUUCUGCCCCCCUCCACCACACCCCCCCUUUGCCCGUUUCUAUGGUUACGCUUUCGCGUAUACACACACAUUUGCUCCCUCCAGCACACACACACACACACACUUCAACCAAGGCAGCCAGCAUGGAGGGCACUUCUGUGGACCCGGUGGAACUUGAUUCCAAGUCCUGCGUCGGGCCUGAACAGAAUCAAAACAUGGGCUCAGAGGCUGAGCAAGAGCAGAAAGUUCUGAUUCAGGACAGAACUGAGGAGGAUGAAGAUGAGGAAGAGGAAGAGGAGGAGGAAGGAGGAAAUUCCAGGAUGGAGUCAAAACCCAAGGACUCGGCGCAAUCUGACACGGACUGGAUAGAGGAGAGAUUCCGCAUUGACAGGAAGAAACUGGAGAGCAUGCUUUACGGUCCUUCAGAUGGAACAGGCCUAACAGGAGAGGAGUUCUUCGAGAAGGUAAUGAGAGAAACUAACACCCAGGUGAAAUGGCCAUCAAAGCUAAAGAUUGGAGCCAAGUCUAAGAAAGAUCCACAUGUAAAAGUGGAAGGAAAGCGAGAUGAUGUCCUGGAGGCCAAGCAGAAAAUUCUGGAAGUUUUAGAGACAAAGGUUAAUAAAGUCACCCUGAAGAUGGAUGUCACUCACACUGAACACUCUCAUGUGAUUGGUAAAGGAGGAGGAAAUAUCAAAAAAGUCAUGGAGGAAACUUCUUGUCACAUCCACUUCCCGGACUCGAAUCGCCACAGUGCAACCGGAGAGAAAAGCAACCAGGUGUCGAUCGCUGGACCGGUGCAGGGUGUUGAAUCUGCUAGAAGACACAUCAGAGAUCUGCAACCACUGGUGUUGACCUUUGACCUGCCGCUAACCCUGAUGGGCGGGGUUGUUACUGACGCGAGCUCACCGCUGAUUCAGCAUGUCGCGCAGGCUUUUGGAGUGAGCGUGACGUUCAGAGCACAACCCAAACUGUACUGUUCCACCUGUGUGGUGCGGGGCCUGCAAGGAAACUGCGCUGCUGUGAAGAAGGCCACCUGCAUCCUGAUGGAGCUGCUCCUGGGCCGGGAGGCGGCAGUGGUUUCCGGGGUAACGGGUGUCAUGGUGAGCACUCAGCUGGAUGUGACAUCUCAGCAGCACCUUUUCCUUCUGGGCCAGAACGGAGCAAACUUCCUCAACGUCAUGCAUCAAACACACACACAGAUCGUCCUGCCUGACCUCACCGCCCCUCAGCACACACCCUCCCUACUCAUCCAGGGCACUGCUGAUGGAGUGUGUCUCGCAAGACAACAACUCAUGGAGUGCCUGCCGGUGUGUCUGAUGUUCGAGAUGAAAGAUGAGGGUGAGUCCGACCCUCGCAAACUCGCACAGAUGAUGCAGAGUCUCGGAGUCUUCAUCAGUGUCAAACCAAAGGCUAAACAGGCUGCUAAGUCUGUGGUGGUGAAGGGUUUGGAGAGGAACAUAGCGAAUCUAUAUGAGGCCAGAAGACUCCUGCUAGGCCUAGACUCCUGUGAGGUCUCCAUGACAACAAAGAACUCAAGCGAGGUAUCUACAGCACCAAAGUGCACAACAGACCCCCUGCUGGCCAACAGUGGAAUUACAAACUACUGGCUCAACAUGCUAAUGCAGCAGCUGCAGGUCACUGAGACAGGCACCGUCACAAUGCCGGAUUCAGCUUCAAACCCCGCCCCUGUGAAGCCACGCCCCUCUCCGCCACCUGGACUGGCUGCUCCUGCAGACGAAGGCCGAAUGGGACUGAGGGGGACAGACACUAAAUUAGAAAAGAUCCCAGAGAAUGAGGAUCAGUCGGCAAAUGCAGUAAGUGAGCAGUUGGGAGUGCAGGCUCCAGAGGUUGCUGAGGUCAAAGAGGUCAUUGUGAAGACUGCAGGAUCAGUCAGGAGAAACAGCCAUUCAGAGGCAAUCAGUAGGUCUGUAAGGAUGGAGUUGGAUGGUGUGUAUUUUAACAGAGACAGACGCUGUAGUCUAAGGAUCUUUCCCUCUCUGGAGUCAAACUCAAAUAAUGAGAAACAUGAGUAUGAGAGGAAGAAGCUUCUAGCAACUCAAGCCAUGCAGAAAAAGCCAGUAGUGACGGAGGUUCGGACUCCCACUGACACGUGGAGUGGUCUGGGUUUCUCCAAGUCAAUGCCUGCUGAGGCUGUGAAGGAGCUACGCAACAUAAGCCGCCGCUGCUACAGAUCCUACCUCAAUAAUCAACAGUCAUGGAGCUCUCAAAGUAGCAAGGACAGAAUGUGUAAUGGCAGCGAUUCAGAGAACUGGCGAGAGAGGCGAGGAUCUGCCUCAUCGUCACCUGGGUCUUCCUGCUCAUCAUCCUCCCCCACCUCCUCCUCCUCCUCCUCCUCCUCAUCAUCAUCAUCAUCAGCCAUAAUGGCGUAUAAUCCUGGUUCAGGACGCACCAACACAGACAAAACAUCUGAUGGAUUCAUCAACGGCAGCUACUAUGAAGGUGUACCCAGAUCACUGAUUGGUGGAUCUCCCAGUCCCCCCCCUCCUCCUCUUCCUCCUCAGCUGAAAGAUGAUCUCCUUGAGCUACUGAUUCAGCUGGGUCUGGAGAAAUAUACCACUGUAUUCCAGGAACAAGAGAUUGAUUACCAAACGUUCUUGACUCUUUCUGAAGAAGAUCUAAAGGAAGUGGGUGUAUCCACAUUCGGGGCCAGGAGGAAGAUGCUGAUGGCUAUUUCUGAUCUAAAUAAAAGUAAGCUGAAAGUCCCUGAAGCUCCUGCAGUUAAAUCUGGCUAUCUAGAAGGUGGAGCAAGUGGCCGUCUUCCACGAAUCAUGGACGAGGACUUGGCUGCUAAGAGUAACCGCUGGUGAAAGGGGACUGGCAGUACACUGGACUGUAUUAUCCCCACUACAGUGCUGUAGAGGCUGUGCUUCCUGACUAGUCAUGUGCCUCAGUGACCGAUAAAUGAGAAUUAAGUAAAGGACUGGCUAUUAAGAUUAAUUACAGACAGGCAGCAGAGUGGACAGAUGUGAUAUAACUCUCAGAGGACGUGGGCGAGAAUAACUGACCUUCACUCUGGAUCGACUCUCCUACUACUGCCAACAUUUAAUAUGCAAACACUUAUGGCCUUCUCUUUCUCUUAGUUUGUUUCUUGUCUUUUACUUUUGCCAUUCUCUCUCUCUCUCUCUCUCUCUCAUCAUUUCUGUGCAGUAGCAUGAUGCACUGUGCAAAUAUGAGAAUGUAUUGUGAACAUAAUUAAGCAUUUCAAAUAAAUUGAACUCUUCAGUGAAGGAAGGAAAACAUAGGACCUCAUGCAAAUGCUUAAUCAGAAAUCCUUUUUAAAUAAGAUUGGAUGCUUUGUGCUUAAACAGCGCUUGCUUGUUAAACAAUGUUGAUUCUGGUUCAGUUCCUCAUGCUCUUAUCACUGUGCUGAAGACAAACAUUUAAUUGUUUUGCUCAUUGAACAAGUAAAACUGUGGCUGGAGAUGAGAUGGGAGAAUGACCAGGCAGAAAUACAUAAUUUUCUCACUUUAAUGAAUGUGAACAUAUCUGGAUAUGCAGCGUUUUCAGUGUAUUAUCAGCAAC